AUGGCAAGACCAGCAUGGGUACCUUCUGAGUUCGAUUUCUAUGAUAAAUUCGAAGAAAGUGAUCAGAACUCUAUAGAUACUUGUGGGCAAUAUAUGGAGCAAACUAAGGGUACAUUUGAAAAAUAUAGCAUAGAUCAUGGUAAAAUUAUGAAAGCUGUGAACUAUGUGUGCUCAAUGUACAAAGGACGUAAGGAUCCAUCCAAAAGUGAACCUUAUCAUUUCCUAUAUUACUGGAUAGGGCAAAAAUUAUCUAAGAUUAAUAGGAGUGAUUUCCUUUUCAACGUUACUACAAAUACUAUUUGCGAUUCCAUAUGUACUACUUAUGGGACAUAUGGAUGCAUAGAUAUAUGCGACACUGUUAACAGGGACCUCUUCCAAGAUAUGAAAAUAAUAUUUGAUUAUUGGUAUGACCAUAAUUCUAUGCGAACACUGCUAGAGAAUAGUGAGUCCGUGGAUGUUGAUAAAUGUCAGAAUUACAUACGUUCCGUCAAUUAUGCUACCAGUACUGUGGAAACACACUGUAUGACCCAAGGAACGUCAAAUGAGUACUGUACCAAAUUUUUUAAUGUAAAUAAGGAUGACAUUCAUAAGAAACUAAUAGAAUUGCAACUUACGUUAACAGCUGCAAAGCAAAGAAUAACAUCCGAAGCAGAAUUAGCAUCCUUUAAAGCAAAAGCACACUUAAGUGAAGCCGUACGUAAAGCCACCACCACCACCGCCCUUUCUUCUAUCUUUGGCACAUUAGCAACGACGGUUUUUCCUUUCUUUUUAUAUAAGUAUAAACCAUGGUCUUCUUGGUUUGGUAACCAUUCUUCUGGAAAUGGAAGGAGCGGAAGAAAUAAAAGGUCCACAAGGAAUGAAUUUGAUGUGUUCACAGAAGACAGCUCAACAUAUGAUUCAGCAACUGAAUCAAUAGUGGGUGAUUUAGCAGCCGAAAGUUCCACCGUACGUUCUUCUUCUGCAUACACUACGCCGUCUACAAGACAGUCUACCAAAGAAGGGGAAAGAAGAAAUAAUAAUGCGGGGAGUCGCGGGAUGGUAGGUUAUCAAAACAUGUAA